GCGCCAUUUUUGAGAUUGACUUCCGGUUGACCGUCUUCGCACUACAACAACAUCAAGUCCUCUCGCUACUGUAGCUACUUUUAACUGUUCUUUUAAGCGAUUUUAACAUGUUUGGCAUCAAUUGCGCUGUCCGUGGGUGCCACAACAACUGGGGAAAGAUGAAGCUUUCUCUCUUUCAGAAUUGUUUAGAGCACGGAAAGGUUCGAUCUGAAUGCUGCGGACCAGCUCAUGGCUAUGUAAACACACAGCUUGCAUCGGUCACUGUCAGCGCAACUACAGCGAUUCUACUAAAAUUCAGUUUCCACUAAAGACCUAGCUGUGCCAUCAGUGAGGUAAAAAGAUACUCUCUGCUAUUUUAAAACGUUGUUAUGACUGCGGUUUGGUCAGAAUCAUUUUUUUGUUGCUCCAGGGAAUUAGCAUUAGCUUGUGACAGGGCUAAUAACACAGUAAACUGCAGGAGCUGUUUCAGAAAUGACAAUAACAACCUCCGUUUGCACAACCGCAUCAUAUAUACAUGAAUCAAAUAAAGUUUUAUUCAAAUCAACAUACCUUCCAUAAUAUCGCAGCAGUGUGACAGCAGGACCGUCCCAACCCAGCGAUACAGGAGCAUCCCGUGGUCUCCACCACUCCAUCAGCUGUCACCAACACCCACGCCAUGUGUGUGGAGGUACUAGCCUGACUCGGGCUGACAUUAGCUUUAAGAAACGUAUAUUCCCAUUCUUGAUGUAACAGAACAGCGCUGACUUUACCACUGUGCAAAUAUUGAUAGGCUUCAGUGCUCUUAUAAUUCCUCAUAGCCGAGCGUUCUACGCCAAGAGACAACACGAAAUAGUUAAAAAUAUCGCCAUACAUGACUUGUGGCCACUUUUUCAUGUCAUCCUCCCACUCUGUAAUUAGUCACGGAUGCGGCAGACUUGAUCCAUUUCUGUUUUUUAAAGAGGUUUCCGUUUCUUCCCACAUCACUCUCUCAGUUGUAAACACCGGCAUGAUCGAGUUACCGGAAGUGCUACUCAAAACAGGAAGUCCCGCCCGUUGGAAAAUGGGCGGAGCUGAAUAAGGUGAAUUGACACAGUAAACAUAAAUACGUAUUUAAAGUAAUUAACACAUCUGCACAGUGUUCACUCAUACAAUGGGUCUCAUUUUUAUUUUUAUAAGCCUUUCCAUUCCAUAUUGGGGGUUUUUUCGGGGUUGUUUUACACGUUUUAAUGGGAAUGGCGAGUGUGACGUCACGGACCACUUCCGUGUCCUACGCCGCAGAGCACCGAAUGAAAACACAACGGCAGUAGCGAAAGAACCGGUCACCUUUUUCACUGUGACAUCUUAUUUUGCGGAUUUUCCGAAGUCGGUAAAGCGAGGUCUUACAACUCAAACAGAGUGGCAGGUGGUUUAAAAGGGAAAGAUUCCCAGCAGCACACUCUAGCGCUAACUUGUGCAGGGAGCACAUGGCUAAUUUGCAUAUGUAAAUAACUAUGCAUCUCUUUACACUAAUCAUGAAUGCAUAACAGUUAAAAUAAUCUUAGCCAAACAUUUUUAGCAAGUCAGUCCAAGUAUUGGACUCAAUUAAAUCCAAGUCACAUAGACCCAUAUCCUAGUCAAGUCGAGUAUUUUGGGCAGAUUGGUCAAACAAGUCCAAGUCCCCAAAACUGGGACAAAAGUCUCCCUCAGCAGACUUUAUUCUUAUAAAUUAAAAGUAUAAACUUAUUAUCAGAGACUUUAAUCUCGACCACUUUUAGUUUCUUUUGUAAUGUGGCCCAAACACUCCUCGUAACACAAAAAGAUAACAUGAUUCAAGCGGCUAAUACUAGCUAGCGCACGUUAGCUCCCAGCGCUAAAUGUAUUUUCUAAGAUUAGAAAUCCGACUUACCUUAUCAGUGUCAGCCAUCUUCUCUUCUCCUUUUUGUCCAGAGGAAAGCGGUAGAAAGAUAUCGUUUUAUUUACAUAAUUUCUAUUGUUGCAACAGGAGACACAACACAGCACCAUUAUAUCAUUGGUUUGGUAGGACACGGAAGUGACGUUUUUGGGCCAUCCCCAUAGCGAGGGGCGCCUGCCAAAUGAGCGUGCAUGUACAUUCUUUUGGCUUUCAUGUGACUUAUUACUGGUCUCUAAUUGGUUACUUAAAGAUUGCCCUCCGGGCGCAGCUCUUUGCGUCCCUGGCGAAUCAGCGCGUUUGGGUGGUCAUUUUUCAUCUGAUCUGAUUGAUUCAUGAUACCUGUCAAUCAAAGUCACCCCUGGCAGCGUACACAGACACAUACGAGAGAGACAGACAGACCACAACAAGACAGAAGAUGAUGGCGGAAGCAAAAGAAAAUUCGGUUGUUUCUUUACGAAAUAAUCCUUUUACGAGGCGUUCGCUGGAGGAAAAAAAAGGAUAAAGGAGCUAGGACCAGAGCAACCUGAUUUGCAAAUCCAGCAGCAGGCAAGUGACCGUGGACGGAGUUACACCCGGGGCUUCUCCCGCCUGUGUUAUGCUAAACACAGCUUGCUAGCUGGAUGUGAAGUUAGCAAUGUUCUGUAGUGCUUUCCCUGCUUGCUUUUUCAAAGUGUUGGUACUGAAGUUCUGUAGACAACAACGGGGGUCGGAGACCUGAAACAUCUCUGAAAAAAUGCAAACAGCAUGAAGGUAGCCGUAGCCACCUUUACAACAGCAUGAAGCUACAGUUUUUUUGGCCGUGUUAGCAUUGCUGAACAACUAGAUGAGGGCUACAGCGUUGGCAUUAGAAGGCACAAUGAAGAGGUGACAAAAAAUCGUCACAUACUGUCCAGGACAAUCGACUGUGAAAUUUUGUGGGACCUUUGAGUUGGCUUUACGUGGCCACUAUGAGAGUGAGAGCUCCGUUAACCCUGGGAUAUUUCGUGGGUUGGUGGAUUUUGUUGCCUCUCUGGAUGGAGCUUUGAAAGAGCACCUUGAAACUGCCACUGUUUUUAAGGGUACUUCAAAAACUGUCCAAAAUGAGCUCCUGGACUGUAUGUUGUCUGUUGCAAGGGAGCAAAUGAUUAAAGAAGCCCAAAAGAGUGUUUUUGUAUCAAUCCAGGCAGAUGAGACAACAGAUAUUUCAACACAGUCACAACUUGUGCUUGUACUACGCUACAUUGAUGACAAACACAGUGUGCAGGAAAGAUUUUUUGAAUUCAUUCCUCUGCAGUCAGCUACGUCUGAGUCCAUUGCUACUGCAUUAACAGAGCGUCUUGCUGCCAUCAUUCCUGAGGAUCAGAAAAGCAAGCUAAUCUGCCAGGCAUAUGAUGGAGCCAGUGUGAUGAGGGGUGCCACUGCAGGUGUUCAGAGGAAAAUCAAAGAUGUGUACCCAAAUGCCCACUAUAUCCACUGCUAUGCACACCAACUCAACCUGAUCAUGCAGCAGGCCACCUCUCACAUUUCCAAGGUGAGAAUUUUUUUUCUGACCUGGGUGGAUUUGCCAGCUUUUUUUCCAGAUCACCCAAGCGUACAGCUGUUCUUGAUAAAAUGGUGGCCCAUAGACUGCCAACAUCCAGCAAUGUCAGAUGGAACUUUCACAGCCGAGCCAUCAACACUGUUUGAGCACAGGGAGGAUCUCAUUCAGUGUUUUGAGAACAUACGAGACUCGGGUGACUUUGAUGCCAGUACCAUCAGAGAGGCAGGAGCCAUGGCCAUGCUGCUGGAACAUCAGGACUUUAAGUUCUUUCUGGAACUUUUUCACCACAUCAUGCUACAUGUGGACCUCCUCCAUGCCAAGCUCCAGAAGAAGAACAUAGAUGCAGUCCACAUAAAAGUGAGCAUCCUGCAGUUUGAACAGGACAUCGAAAACAUCAGAAAUUCUCUCCAUUAUAUGGGUGAGCAAAGAAGUGGCUGUCUGACAGCAAAGAGGCGUCGGGCACUCAGUUCAGAGGAUCGUCAAAGGGUUGCAGAAGAGAUCUGCAACACCAUUCUGGGACACACCACGGAGCGCUUCUCCUUCACCGACCAUCUCGUCUGUGCAACCUUGUUGCCGGGGGACAGGUUUGAAGAACAUCACGGGUCAUUUCCUGAAGAGGCACUGCAACGCACUUUGAAGGCCUACCCAAUGCUGAAUGGAAGCAAGCUGAAGACAGAACGCGGUCUCAUCUCCAGCAAAGUAGAGUUCAGAGCCUGCUGUGGUGCACUGGACCUAUUCCAGCUGUUCAUGGAGAACAAUCUUGAAGUUGUCUUUUCAGAAACUGUCAAUAUUUUAAGGAUCCUGAUCACCACACCCAUGACCACAGCUGAAGCAGAGAGGUGUUUCUCAACCUUGAAAAGAGUGAAAACUUUUCUCAGAAACACCAUGACCCAGGAAAGGCUGAAUGCCUUGGCCAUGCUCUCCAUGGAAAAGAGACUUGUUUGUGAAAUGACAGAUUUCAAUCAGAAAGUCAUUGAUAAAUUUGCUGGUCUGAUGGAGAGGAGAGCAAAAUGUAUGUUCAAGUAAUUGUUUUGUUGUAAUGCCCGUCUGCUAGUGCGCCCCCCCAAAAAAUAUUUUAUCACCAGCCGCCACUGCUAUGAACAGAGAAUGAUAAACUGUUGAAAGAGUUGGUCUGUCCCAUAAGUGAAAGUUAAACUCAACUGGUUCACUGAGGAUGUCGUCAUUUCAGUCUUCUUCACAACCAGAUGUUUUCCUUCUGUUGGCUUCACUCAGAAGAUCCUCACAGUGAACAUGAGACAUUAGAGUAUCAACAUCAACAGCGGUCAUUUGACAGUGACCCUGGAAAGAUUUCGAACUUCAAAUGUAGUUUUCCAAGCACUGCCGGUCGUCACUUUACCUUUAGGGGAGAGGACUGUUUUCUUCCUUCAACUUAUCUGUACUGCAUGUUAAAUGUAAUAAUUGUAGUGUUCAUCUUCACUUUCGUCAUAAUCUGGGAAUUUAUUUUUCCAAUCUACACUACAGUAGGAAGUACUACAUGUCAAUAGUCAUUACACAAUGUUUACCGUUUACUUCAAAAGUGUGGCGUACUUCACAAAAUCCUGUGACUCCUUGCAAAUGUUUUUCAUGGGCUAUAGAAUUUAGACCUUUUCUUUCCAUUAAUUGUAACACCAGGUCAGUUUGCUUUUAUCUGUCAGAGAAGUUUUGUUGUUGUAAAAGAGAAUCACAGUCAGAUCUGCUUCUAGACUCAAGAACCUUCAUCAUCACCGCUACAUGUUUAAAUGUGUUCAUCUGAACUCAUUUUAAAUCACAUUUAAAACCACAGAAUAUGAAAGUGGACAUUGUUGUUCAGUUAAACUCAAACUGCUUUGUUCAGGCUAUUUCUGCAUUAAAUUCAGUUAUAAAGUUGAA